UAUAUCCUGCUUCUAGCGUCAUGAAUGAAUCAGAGAAUGUCAGACGGCAACCACUUGUCAGGCCUUCAAAAAAAUCAUUCAAAACUUGGUUUUGUCAGCAAUUAGCCUUUAAUGUGCUACCGCCGCUGGCCUGGUUGUCUCCAUUAAAAAUAGUCAGGCCAUCCCAGAAGUACAUACAUUGCAAAGAAAAAAAUUUCUCAAUUUGCUGUCUCAAUUUCUUACAUUGCCCUAACUCCGCGUUUGACAGUUGUGAUCGGUCUCAUUUUGCCUCACUGCCUGAAACUCACUAACUCGCUGGGUGGAAUUCAAUACCAAUCUUUCCGUCUCAUAUUCAAACCGAGUUCCAGCCUGGGAUACGGUUUGUUUUCCGUUAUUGGGUUGCUAUGGAAUGGGAACUAAUCAGAAUGAACGAGACAAAAGAUAAUGAUGCGGACAAGGUGGGCUUAAACAUAUUUGCCGACUGGAAUGCAGAGUCAGCUUCAUUUCCGUCCACUUGGAGAGAAAAAAGAGAGUUUGCGUCCAAAGUAAUGCAGACUGAAGACAUUCAAGUUCACCAUCAGGAAAUGCAAUGUGAGGAUGAUCAGGAGAAAGCAGUGCAGACAGAUUUUGAAGAGAUCAAUGUAGAAGUAAACACACUUCAGCCCCCAUAUCCACCCUCGCUCUUCGCAUUCUUCACUAAAGUGACCGACGACAUGUGCCGCGCAUUGGAAGAAAAUUUAGACCCAUUUUCUGUAGAAGUUUUCAAAGAUUCUGACGACCUCGAUGUGUUCGCGAGUGCAGCACGGGCGUCUAAAGAGUUCAUUUUGAGAAGCUCAUCAGUGUCAUCAGAAAUGUUCGGCGCAAGUUGUGUCGCAUGGAACAAAAUUGGUACACAAAUUGCCGUAGCUUACUGCGCCCACGCCCACACGGACUGGUGCUUUCACCGAGCUCCAAUCUCAUCUUGGAAUCUCCGGAGAAUGUUAAACACAAAGAACAAUCCUGCCCACGUGGAAAUUUUCCUACCCACCUGUGUCACCAGUAUGGAGUUCCACCCCUUCCACCCUUCAGUACUGGCUGUGGGGACGUAUUCAGGAUGCUUGGCCAUUUUGGAUUUUUCCCUUGUGGGAGACCAGCAGCAGCCUACUGACGCCAAAAUGGCUGGAAAAGGAACAGAAAAGCUUCCCUUUUAUCCCAAUAACCAAGGCUCACACUUUGGUGGAGGAGAACAAAUAAAUGAUCUGGGCUACUUUAUGACCCGACCUGAGCAUGGAUUAUCUGUUACUUCCAUCCAAUGGGUGAAACUGAAUUCUUCUCAAAGUCGAGAUUUGUUGUCAAGAAAUGAGAACCCGUCCCAGUUCUGCAUCAUAACUGCAGGAAAAGAGGGGCAUAUUUGUUUCUGGUCAACAAACACUUCGAACACGAGAGUAUUUUUGGAAAGAAAAUUCAUCGUGUGGGCAGACAACAUCUCAGCGGACGUGCCUCUAAGUCUCUCCUCGAGAUGCGUGCUCAAACAAAUGGGGCUUGUUGGGCUUGGGGCUUGCAAAGAUGACCCUUACACAUGCGUCCUCUCCACUGCUGGGGGCUUUAUCUUUCAGGCAAAUCUUGGUAGCAACAUUGAAGCAUACACUGCCAUGGUUGAGUUAAAAACAGAGUCAUCCAUAAGCGAAGAGAAACUUUUAGACCCAGGGUUGGUCUAUGUCUCACAGCACAGCGACUGUCCUGAAGUCAUCCAUUGUUCUCCGUUCCAUCGAGAUGUUUUCCUCGUGGGCAAUUCCAAUGGCGAAGUCUUAAUUCAGAACAUGCUGCAGCAUGGGGUAAUGUUCAAGUAUAAUGCUCGCAAAUAUAGUCACCAUAAAACGCUACAUGAUGCUAAAUGGUCUGGCCGCCCUACAAUGUUUGGAGUCGUAAUGGGGAAAUUUGUGCAAAUUUUUGAUUUGAGAAAGGGACAAACCCCUAUCGUGAUAAUUCCACACGAAAAUAUGGUAACCCAGAUUGCAUUUAAUGAGACAGAAAUUGGAACUCUAGCAUCGUGCGAUAAAGAAGGGAUGGUCCACGUUUGGAAUUUGCCCAGAAAGUACAGCUCCAUAGAACCCCAUGAACUUGACGUUUUAAUCAGAAGUGAAAAUUCCAACAGACAAGAUGAGCAGGACGAAGAUGAAAAUGAGGAUGACGAGACCUUGGACGAGACAAUGUAUCAGGAGUAAACCUAAAGUUAU